UUCGCCUGUGUAACAGUGUAAGGGUUUGGUACCGAUAGCAUUAUCUUAGCUUCCCGAACGAAACUCCGUUUCCGCCCUGUGUGAAGCACCGAGCGGGGCAAAAAUUACACUCGCUUCCGCAGAAAACAAAAGGAUAAUUUGAUUUCUUUAACGGCGGGACAUCUGCCAACCGAAGUACUGCGAGCUCGGCUGAUGAGCCGGGAGAGGAGGAGCAGAGCAGUUGUGCAGGCGCGGCGGGUUAGCCGACAUUAGCGGCAUGGCUAGAGACUACGAUUACCUCUUUAAGCUGCUCAUCAUCGGCGACAGCGGUGUGGGGAAAAGCAGUCUGCUUCUGCGCUUUGCAGACAAUACGUUUUCAGGUAGUUAUAUUACCACUAUAGGUGUUGACUUUAAGAUCAGGACAGUGGAGAUCAAUGGUGAGAAGGUGAAGUUACAGAUCUGGGACACAGCAGGGCAGGAACGCUUUCGAACCAUCACCUCCACGUAUUACAGAGGGACCCAUGGUGUCAUUGUAGUAUAUGACGUCACCAGCGCUGAAUCUUUUGUCAACGUUAAACGAUGGUUGCAUGAAAUCAAUCAGAACUGUGAUGAUGUAUGUCGAAUAUUAGUGGGUAAUAAAAACGAUGAUCCAAACUCUAAAGUAGUGGAGACAAACGAUGCACAGAAGUUUGCAGAGCAGAUGGGCAUCCGUCUGUUUGAGACGAGCGCUAAAGAAAACAUAAACGUGGAGGAGAUGUUUAACUGCAUUACGGAGCUGGUGCUGCGGGCAAAGAAGGAAUCCGUGGCCAAGCAGCAACAGCAGCAACAGAAUGAUGUGGUCAAGCUCAAUAAAAACAGCAAACGAAAGAAAAAAUGUUGCUAGUGGAUUUUAAAAUCAACGGCAACCUUCACUGCAGAAUCCCUAUCAAAACAAGGACCAUGAUCACCUAAAUUAAGAGUGGAGAAAGAUUAAUAAAGAUAAAAUAAUGAUGAAAUGGAGAAAACAAAACAAGAAGUCCCUUUUGGACUCAGAAAUCAUGAAGACUUUUUUUUAAAGAAAAUGUACAGCUUUUACUAGAAUUAAGUUUUAUGUGGAAUUCAAAGGAUGUGGUAUUUAAUAAAAUAUCCGCCUUCUUUCUCGAAGGACCUCCAAGCUGACAUGCUCACCACCAUGUGCAGAUUUUAUAUGUAUUAAGAGUUAGUCUUUAGUAAACUUUUUUUGUUCCUGUAGCUUAUUUCUCUUCAUGUCUCUUUCUCAGGAGUGCUCAUUUAUUUGUGCAGUAAUGGAUUUUUCUUAAAUGCAAAAGUGACUGAUUUCGCAACACAAGCAGUUCAUAAUACAAACCGGUGCCAGCAGCAAAAAAUAACUAAAUUGGUAUUGGCUCACUUUUUUUGUUUUGUUUUGUUUUGUUUUUUGGGGGGUGGGGUCAUUUUUGCCAAACUUUACCAGGUAAUUUCAGAUAAAAAGAAAUACAUUUAUAUUUUCGGCAUUUAGCAGACACUUUUAUCCAAAGAGUUACAGUAUUGUGACAGUAUAUUGUCUGAGCAAUUGCGUGUUAAGGACCUUGCUCAAGGGCCCAACAGUGACAACCGGGCAGUGGUGGGGGUUGAACCAGCGACCUUUUGAUUACUUGUCCAGUACCUUACCUGCUAGGCUACAAACACCCUGUACAUACUGCGUUUCUUUCUGCAUUUGAAGGAAAGCAGUAGAAAAAAACCCAAUUCCCAUUAUGUUAAACUGGUUUGUAAGUAGAUGCUAUUUUUUACAGUCGUGCCACAGACUCUUAACCAUCGCCAUGCUAAUAUAUACUUGAGACUGCCAAAUUGGAUUAGAGUGUAGAUUGGUCUUGAACUGUUGUGAAACCUUAUUGCUCUUAAUGAGUAUCCACGACAGUCGGCUGUGUUCUGGCUUUUCCGUUCCUGGAGUUGUAUUGAGGGAAGAUAUACCUGUGUUUACUGUUACAAACAAGGAUACCUGCUUUUAAAAUAAAAUAAAUCCAUGUUCAGGUUGAGCUUAAGCAUAAAAUCACAAGCAUAUAAGAAUUACAAAACUGUUUUGAGCUUGAUUGUUGUCUGAAGGAGACUUCUUAAGGCUUGUUCUGCUCCAUAGUGCCAAGUGUUGUACAAAAUAAGAGGUAAAAUGAAAAGUUAAACAAGGUGCAGUAAAAGUGUUAGUGUUUAUUUACUGCUGCACAUUACAGAAGCUCAUUUGGGUUGGUGGUUCUUGUAUUUUGCAGACAGAUUCUGAUCUCUAGUGUUAAUGUGAAACUUGAUAAACUAUACAAGCCUGUCACAGCUUACAGGCCCAGACAGCCUCGUGAAUUAGUGCCAGAAUUCUCUGUUCUUAAGUACAACUAAAUACAGUAAAAUAAAAAAAAUUUCCAUUGCCCAGAAUCAAUACUGUGUUUUAGGGCAGUUUGAUUUCGGACGCUACGUUUUAUUCCCCCUGACCAUGUAGUACUCCUCCCUUAACCAAGCAAUGUAAUCAUGGCAACAUAUCCAGCUGUGUUUUAUUCGUUAUGUAUAUGUGUAUAUAUAAAUAUAAGUGUAUGGUUAGUAUAUAUGCGAUAGAUACUUGCACACACUCAUGCGAAUGUGCAUGUGUUCGUGCUAUGGUUGAAACACUUUUCAGCUGUGGUUCUACUGUACACUGGAGUAAAGAGAUGUAUCCUGGAUUUCCCCCUCAUUAAAAUGAAUAAAUAUUUUAAGCAGAUUAACAUUUAACACAA